CGGGGGAGCAUGUCCUCCCCGGGGGUCUCCGCGUCCCGCAGACAGGCCUGCUUCCUGUGCGACCUGCCCCGGAUGCCCUGGGCCCUGGUCUGGGACUUCACCGAGCCCGUGUGCCGCGGGUGCGUCAACUACGAGGGCGCGGACCGGGUCGAGUUCGUGAUCGAGACCGCCCGGCACCUGAAGCGGGCCCACGGGCUCCAGGAGGGCCGGGCCCCCGGGCAGCAGCCCGCCGGGACCAAGAGCCUGCCGGCCGGGCUGCUGCCCGGGAAGGAGCCGCUGGGUCACCCGGGCCAGCACCACCUGCUCCCGGGGGAAGCACCGAGCAAGCCGCCGCAGCAGCCCGGGCUGGACCGGUACUCGCUGGACAGCCGGGCCCGGUUCGACUACAGCGGGCCCAGCAGCCGGCUGAACGGGUUCAAGCCGGAGGACGGACCGCCCGAGCUCAACCGGCAGAGUCCGAACUCCCGGAGCCGGAGCCACGGGGGCCCGGGCCCGGCACCGGGACACACCACCGUGCCGCCGAACCUGCUGCCCCAGAACCUGCUGCCCGGCCCGGGCCCGCACGGCCCGGCCCGGCAGGGCUCCGUGCCCGGGCCGGGCUCCAUGCCGGACCCGGGCGGGAAGCGACCCGCCUCCGGGUCCGGCUCGGACCAGGAGCGGGAGCUGAAGGAGAAGCAGCGGAACUCGGAGGCGCUGGCCGAGCUGGGUGAGAGUCUCCGGAACCGGCAGGAGGAGUGGGCCGGCCGGCCGCGGCCGGUGCGGGACACGCUGCUCCUCCUGUCCGGCUCGACCCCCUUCGACGUCCGCUUCAAGAAGGACCACGGGCUGCUGGGCCGGGUGUUCGCCUUCGACGCGGUGGCCAAGCCGGGUCCGGACUUCGAGCUGCGGAUCUUCAUCGAGUACCCGAGCGGCUCCGGCUGCGUGUUCUCCAGCGCCUCGGGGGUCGCCCGGCAGAUGUACCAGGACUGCAUGAAGGACUUCGGCCGCGGCCUGUCCUCCGGGUUCAAGUACCUGGAGUACCAGCGGCAGCACGGCUCCGGGGACUGGCGGCUGCUGGGCGACCUGCUGCCGGAGAACCUGCGCUGCUUCCGGGAGGGUUUGGGGGGAGACAUGCUGCCGCAGCCGCACCUGGACGGGACCUGCCCGCUGCUGCCCGGCUCCCUGGGGCCGGCCGGAGGGCCUCGGGCCCCGGGCUCCGGGGCCAGCGGCUCCCGGGCCGCGGUGCGCAAGAGGAAAGCCUCCCCGGAGCCGGAGCCCCCGGAGCCCGGGCUGAAGCUGGAGGAGCAGCGGCAGCAGUGGAUCAGCGGCCCGGGGGAGGCGCUGAAGCUGGCCGGGGCCGCGGGCUCCUUCCCCGGGGCCGCGGGCUCCCUCGGGCCGGGACACCCGGGACACCCGGGCCGGUCCUCGCCCCCGGGACACCCGGGCCUCUCGGGCCGGUCCUCGCCCCCGGAGCCCGGCGCUCCUCCCCCGGGGGACAGACAGUCCCCGGUGUCCUCCCCCAGCAAGGACAGAGACUCGUCCUCGUCCUCCAGACACAACAGCAGCCCGGUGUCCCCGGCCUCCGUGUCCGGGCAGAGGCGCCUCUCGGCCCGCAGCGGCGACCCCCAGCCCGCGGGGGGGGGCCCGGACCCGGUGCCGGACUCCCCCCCCACGGCCAGCAGCGGACCCCUGUGCUGCACCAUCUGCCACGAGCGGCUGGAGGACACACACUUCGUCCAGUGUCCCUCGGUCCCGAACCACAAGUUCUGCUUCCCGUGCUCCAGAGAGAGCAUCAAGGCCCAGGGCUCCUCCGGGGAGGUGUACUGCCCCAGCGGGGACAAGUGCCCCCUGGUGGGCUCCAGCGUGCCCUGGGCCUUCAUGCAGGGGGAGAUCGCCACCAUCCUGGCCGGGGACGUGAAGGUGAAGAAGGAGAGGGACCCCUGA